CUCUGCUCAAUGGAAGAAAAAUAAAAGUCGACUUUGUCCUUUUUGGCCAGUUUGGCGUUCCGUCGAAGCCACCGUCUCCAGCGCAAAGUCCGCUCAUCAGAAACUCUAAAAGAGAUGUUUCCUGCGCUGAAAUAAGACUUUAAACUGCAGCUGGUCUUCCUCAUGGCAGAGGUGUAUUAUGUUGGGGUGGACGUGGGCACCUCCAGUGUGAGAGCUGCUCUGGUGACCAGGACUGGGCUGCUGCAGAGCACUGCAGAGGAACCCAUCAGCAUCUGGGAGCCUCAGUCUGACCACUAUGUCCAGUCCUCCACUGAGAUCUGGGACAAAUGCUGCACAGUGGUCAAGAGAGUUACCCAAAGUGUGGAGAGGAGUCAGGUACGAGGGAUCGGCUUUGACGCCACCUGCUCACUGGUGGUUCUGGACCAGAGCUUCCAGCCUGUGCCAGUCAGUCAGGAUGGUGACAGACAAAGGAACGUGGUGAUGUGGAUGGACCAUCGUGCCGAGGAGCAGGCCACUCGUAUAACCAACACUGGCCACGGGGUCCUGAGCAGGGUGGGUGGGGUCAUGUCACCAGAGCUGCAACCCCCUAAGCUGCUCUGGCUCAAAGAGAAUCUAAGAGAAAGCUGCUGGAACAAAGCCGCUCACUUUUUCGACCUCCCAGACUUCCUGUCUUGGAAGGCAACAGACUCUUUGACACGGUCUUUGUGCACUCUGGUGUGUAAAUGGACUUAUUGCCCUCCAGAAGGAUGGGAUACUGGGUUUUGGACGAGCAUUGGACUGGAGGAUCUCCUGGAAAACAACUUUUCCAAAAUAGGCAGCGUGACGUGUUCUCCAGGGAGCCCGUUGGGAGACGGCCUCACCCACAAUGCAGCAGCAGAUUUGGGUCUGGAGCCAGGAACUGCAGUUGGUGCUUCUCUCAUUGAUGCUCAUGCUGGAGGCCUUGGUGUGAUAGGUGCAGAUGUAAAAGGUUUUCAUUUGCCCUGUGAGGACCAGCCGAUCACCUCCCGCAUGGCGCUGAUCUGUGGGACAUCAACCUGUCACAUGGCGAUCAGCGAGCAACCUCUGUUUGUGCCAGGAGUGUGGGGGCCCUGCCUGUCUGCCAUGGUGCCUGGCUUGUGGCUCAACGAGGGAGGACAGAGUGCUACGGGAAGGCUGAUCGACCACGUGGUGAAGGGCCACGCCGCCUACGCCCAGCUCCAGGAACAGGCACGGCAGAGGUUUCCCUUUUCUGGCGAGAACAUCUACAGCUACCUCAACAGCCACCUGAGUACAAUGGCUAACUCAGGUUCUGCUGUUGACCUGCUGGGCUCCAGUCUUCACGUGUGGCCGGACUUCCACGGGAACAGGUCGCCCCUGGCUGACCCGGCCUUGAAGGGCAUGGUGAUCGGGCUGCCUCUCUCCCAAACCGUGGAUGACUUGGCCCUGCUCUAUUUGGCCACUGUACAAGCCCUCGCUCUUGGUACUCGUCAUAUUCUGGAGGCCAUGAAAGAAGCAGGACAUGACAUCAGAACCCUCUUUCUGUGCGGCGGGUUGAGCAAAAACGCCCUGUUUGUCCAGAUUCACGCCAACGCUACAGGAUUGCCUGUGGUGUUGCCUGACCAGAUGGAGGCUGUGUUAGUAGGAGCAGCAGUCCUGGGUGCGUGUGCAUCACAGGACUACAGCACCAUACAGGAGGCAAUGGAGAGAAUGGCUAAAGUGGGGAAAGUUGUUCGGCCUGACUAUGAGCUCCAGAGCUUCUACGAGAGAAAGCACAAAGUGUUCCUGCGACUGUUCGCCCACCAGAGGGAGUACCAGGCCCUCAUGAGCCAGAGAUGACGCCGCUGGUGGGAGGCGGCCGAGCUGGAAGUGACUCGCUCUGAUGUCAUAGCGAUGACAAAUCCAAACACUGGAGACGAGAACAGAAGUUGCUGCUUUUCCUGAUAUUAAUGGAUCAGUUUUUAAAGAGAAAUUCUCAAUAACUUCAAGGACAACAGCUCUCUGAGGUCGAAUCUCACAUCAGGGGGGUUUAGACUUCACACAUGCAGGAUGUUAAACCUCCUGACAGAUAACAGUAGGGAAGACCUCUAUGGAGACAAGCUUUCCAUGUCUGUCUUUUAGAUCCACUGCUUGCAGUUCUACCCAACAUGAAGAGGAUGACGCAGGAGUGAAUGUGGUGACAUCGACAGAUUUUACAGUCAAAGUCAAACACCAUCAAGUACUGUCACCUUCAAAUGUAUUCUUAAUAAAUAAUUAAAACAAUAUUGCUCAUGCCUUUCACUGUCACUCCAACUCAACGUGUUUUGUAUAUAUAAUUUAGUAAUCUCCAACUCAAUAGUGACAUUCAUUUUUAAACAGCUUGUCCUUUGUUCUGUCUUCACCGUGUUUUUAUCUUAUUCUCCCAUUUCCUGUUUGUAAUCCCUCCACUGUCCUUAACCUCUCCUGCCUGUCUGCUGGUCACAGAGAGAGAGAGGAGCCGGCUGCCAGCCGUUCCCAGGAUCACAGUUGAUAAGCUCUUCACUGAUGCUGUCGACGCGGUGACGGGGGGAACGCCAAAUCCUACACAGCUGAGUUAACAGCCGCCUUCAAGCAGCAGUACCUCAUGAUAGAGAAGGGGGACAGGGAGAGAUCUGAUGGACAAAGCUAACAAACUCAUGCAGGUGGUUCUGAACGGUAGCAUCCAAGAGUCAUGACAGAGCAGUUUUAUUGUUUGCUGAUCAUUCUUUAGACUAAAAAUGCUUUUAUUCUCCCACAGGUGGAAUGACUUUCAGUGAUAGUUUGGCCUGGCAAAACCAAUGCAAAGUUAUAGUUAAUCAGUUACGUGAAAGAAGACACUCCCCAACUGUUUAAAAAUGUGUAACUGUUUAAUGAAGUACACCUGUCAGAUGUAAUGAACACACAUGCAUGGCGUUGUUUGCUCUCAGUAGGUCAUCAACUAGCACCAUAAACCAUCACUUCCUCUUGUAUUGGUCCAAAAAAAAGAGGUGCAUAGGCAACGUUACACAUGGGAUACAAAAUAUCUUAACCCCAACAGUAUCACAAUCGAAGCUUCUCUGCCAUACUGUAUAUAAUAAACUGCUAUAUCUUUAAAUAUUAAAAAUAUAUGUUCCCAUCUCAACACUUAUCUUUCCAAAAACAACCCCCUUUAGAAAAGUACACUAAAGUUCUUUUUAAUUGGAGUUGUACAUACUGUUAAAAUCUCUAAUUCAGUAAAGUCCUACAUAUUCCUGAGUGUUGAGUAUCAGUGCUGCUGUCUCUGCCUGUGCUUAUUCCUGAGGUGUGUAGCGCAGGUACUUCUUGCCAGAGGGCAGUUCUUUGGUGUAGACGCCAGCUGGGAACAAAGAGGCCGCCUCCUCCUCCGACAUGCUGGGAGGGACCAUCACGCAGUCUCCAGGCUGGAGGACAAAAAGAAAGAAACUAGGUUGCACAAUAGGAUGAAAGCUGAAUGAUGCAUCUUACGCCAAACUGACAGGAUGUGACCUCUAUGUGACUCCAAAAUGACGACAGGACGGACUUUUUUUUUAGGUUUAGGGUCCUGAGGUGUAGAACAAAGCGCUACAGGAACAGCUUUUUUCCAGCUGCAAUUGUUCAUUUAAAUAAGUCCUAGCAGCUUUUGCACAUAUUUCUGGAAAGUUUAUCCCUUUUCUCAUUUUAUUGUGUCUUUUUGUUCUGAUAUUUCAGUGUUUUUUUUAUAUUGUUCUUGUGGCCUUCUUCUUUUUGCUGGGUCCUGAUCCCAGUAAGCCUUUGAGUACUCUUUGUCAUGUUUGUGGUAUGUCUGUCUCUUGUCUGUGCUCUACCUUAUUGUCAAUAUGGAUGCCUUCCUCUAUUUCUGCUGAAAAACAAAUCUACCUACAGGUACAAAUAAAGUCACCUGAACCUGAA